GCUGGGGUGGAGUAAGGUGUAUAGGCAAAGCCCUGAAGGUGCACCUCGGAAGAGGGUGAUAGGGGUGGAGAGUAGAGUUUUCCGCUUCUAAGUAGGGGGUGGUCCCAGCAGUGGGGAGCUAUGCUGGAUGUGGAAGACAGUGAGAUCUUUGAAAAGCCGACCCGGGGACUCGUGGCCGGCCCAAAUUUGCGGUAUUUUCGGCGUCGCUAUUUCAAUAAGGCCGAAGUGGCCAAGCACAAUACGGCCGACGACCUGUGGGUAACCUACCUGGGCUCUGUGUACAACCUCACCUCUCUAGCCCAGGAGUACAAAGGGAGCGUGCUGAUGAAACCCAUCCUGGAGGCGGCAGGACAGGACAUCAGCCACUGGUUUGACCCCAGUACUAGCGAUAUCCAAACGCACAUAGACCCGCUGACCGGCUGCCUGAAGUACUAUACUCCCAGAGGGCGCUUCGUACACAUCCCUCCGCAGCUGCCCCGCUCCGAUUGGGCCAAUGACUUCGGCCAGCCGUGGUGGAGGCAGUCCAAGUAUGAGGUGGGACUGCUCUCCAGCAAGACCCGGCUCAUUCGGAUCAUCAAUACGCUCACUUCUCAGGAGCACACUCUGGAGGUGGGGGAACUGGAAUCCAUGUGGGAAAUCCUACACCGAUAUCUUCCCUACAAUGCUCAUGCUGCCAGCUACACUUGGAAAUUUAAUGGCGUCAAUCUCGACAUGGACAAGACUCUGGAGCAAAAUGGUAUUGUGGAUGAGGAUCAUGACUUCGAACAACUUAACAUGGAUCCAGAGCUGUAUACACCUGCCUUGUUACUAUACUUCAAUGAUGACCUCACUGAACUAUAAGGAGAUACACAUUUAAUAUGUAGAUUAGAGAGAGAACAGGGUGUAUGGCUCAGUCUCUGUGCCCUGGGGAGAAGCGGGGAGUUUAAACUAGUUUUUCAUCCCACUCUUGAACUCUUAACUCUCAGUUCCUGAUUUCCACCAAGGCUCAUAUCCCUUGGAAACUCAGAAGAGUUUUUCUUAGCCCCCAUUUUAUAUAGCACCCCGAGGAGAUUGGGAUAUUUAUUUUUACUUUCAAAGUAAGAUUAAAUUCACCUAAGCAGCUUCAUUAAUAAGGUGAGAGUACAGAAAAAUUGGGGUCUUCUUUUUUCUGUCCUGUGAAGAGAUACUGAGACAAGCAUUAGGGAAGUGGUAAAAGAAUCUUGCCUCAAAGUGAAUCAUGGAGGCAGAGAGGAAGCAAGCAAGGACCUUAGGAAGAUUCAGAUACAAUAAGAAUUUAUUUUGGUGCACCUCUUUUCUAGGAUAAUGGUGGGAAAUUAAAUUACUAUGGGAUUGGGGAAAGUUCUUGAAGCACUUUGAAACUGUGGAAUCAACAUACGUUUCUUAUGCACCUACUUUUUGAAAUUCACACCAAGUCAUAGGUUACAGAAACAAAAACGAAACAUCUUGCUCUUAACCACCUUACAUUAUUCCACUAAGGGUAAGAAAAAUCAUGUGUCUGCCAUCAUCCAGUGGGUGGGUUCAUGCUUAGUUCAGCUAAAGGUCAUGCAGAAGCACUGAUCUAUUCCACUUAUUCUAUCACUCCAUCAAGUACUAUUAUUCUCUCUGCCUCAUAUACUGAUUAGGCUUGGGCUUUUUUGCAAAGUUGGAUGCUUUCUAGGGCCAAAUUUGAAGUGUAGUCAACCACCCUUCUUAUUUGGAGUCACUAGUAGGAAAAAGAUAAGUCAUUCAGAAACUAGGGGGAAGAAGAGAAGGGAAAAGUUUCAGCUAAGCAGUGGAUGUAGAAAGGAAAUAAAUCCAGAAAUCACCAGGAAAACCUGCAUGCAACUUUGUUCCCUUUUCAUUUAGACUUUCCUUCAGGGACAUGGUGAAGUGGAGCUUUGGAGAAGAGCAGAAGGAAUGUUGAAAAUUUCAUCAUUUAUAGAGAAAUUUGAGAGACUGGCCUAGAAAUUGGGGAAUGUGGUACCGGGAAGGAGAAAUAUUGGAAAAUAUGCUUUAAGAAUGAGAAUGUGCCAGUAGUUGGGGAAUUUAGAGGGACGUGAGAAAGCUAACAGAGGCUGUUUUUCCCAUUGAAAACUUUACAGGAUAGCUUUAACAUGUACAGAAAAGUUUUCUUUCUAGGCUCUUGAAGUAGGAGUCAAAGCAAUUGAGAUAAUGUGAUAUCCUAUGGUGAACUAUGCCCAGAAUCAAGAGUAGAUGAUAUUUAAUUGAUCCAAAGAAGCUUCAGGAUAAGAUGAGAGGACUUCCUCCCAGAAUGGGAGGUUAGUAUCUUCUCUCUGUAUUGGAAAUCCCAUUUGCAUGAGACAUGCAGUAAUUGAUACAGAAGCAUAAGGAGAGCCGGUUCAGUUUCUAUCAGCUUGAUAGUGUUCUUUUAAAUAUUUUUGAGAGGGGGGGGAGAAACAGAGAGUAAAUAAAAAUGUCUGUAUUGUCUUCAACAACCUCUUGAUACUCAUAGAAUCUAUUCUCAGCUCAGAAGCAACACCUAAUCUAUACUACCCAUUCUAUUACUUCAUCAAAUACAAUCCUUACACAUCUUAAGCAUAAGCUAAUAUAGAUUGGACUAGAUUAUAAUUUUGCAUCCCAUCUACCUCAUCCUUACCCCCUCCCUAUACCAUCUAAUAGUUCUGAACACAGUAUUGCGGGCUGGGCACGCUAGGUGCUAUUCUUGUAAUUUAGAUAUGAAAUUUGGUCAAAUGAAUCACUCGUGAAAGCCAUCUAAAAAUUAACAAAAAAGGAGAUUUAUUUAGCUAUGGUUGGAAAUAGACAUUUAAAGCAUUAAAGACAUUCUUCCUGAGGGGAUAUUAAGGAUAUAAUAUUUGAUUCAGCUAAGCAGCACUUUUCUGUGUAAGUGUUUAUCUGAUUAUCCUUUGGUCAGACAACUCAAAGGAGGAGCUCCAAACUCUAGAAUCCUGGCUGUUUUGUACUCAACUGCUCAGGAAUAAUCAAGUCUUGGUGGAGGUCUUCAGUCAUCGCUGAUUCUGAGACCCCAUUUGGGGUUUCUUGGUAAAAAUAAUUGAUGUGGUUUCCAUUUCCCUCUCCAAUUUAUUUUACAGAUUUACAGAGCUGCCUCGGAAAUCCAGGCAAACAAUAUUAAGUGAAUGAUCCAGGGUCACCAUAACUAGUAAAAUGAUUGAAACCAGAUUUGAAAUUGAAUCUUUCUGACUCCAGAUCCAAGCUCUAUCUACUUUACCAUCUAACUGCCUAAAGUCUUAGUACCCUGGGCCAAAUCUAGAUGCGGUACCAUUUUGUGUGUGUGAGAUAAUUGGUGUUAAGUGACUUAUCCAGGGUCACACAGUUGGAAGUGGUAAGUGACUGAGACCAAAUUUGAAUUCAGGUCCUCCUGACUUCAGGGCUGGUGCUCUAUCCACUGUGCUAUCUAGCUGCCCCUAUUCAGUACCUUUUAAUGAAACAUUAAUUUAACUUGCUUAGAAAGUAGGGACUUUAGAAUAUAUUGCUCAAUAAGUGAUUUCUAAUAAAUGAAUAUAAAAUUGGGAAUUGGAAAAAUGGAGAUAAAAAUGAGGAAUGGAUUCUCUUUUCAAUGUACAUUCCAAUUUCUUCUAUUUAUAUAUUUCUUUACCACUGUCAGGGAUACCCUCCCCCAAAAUAAAAGUGAACUUCAAGGGCAAUCUGCCUGUCAUUGCCUUUCUAUGUCCACCAGAUGGAGACUCUCCUCUGAGGCUGGAGGAAGGAAAAAAAAAAAAAACCUCCCAAGAACUCAAUUUUUAUAAGUUUGGAAUACAAGGAGGAAAACAUCAGAGAAGGAAUGUGUGUGUUGGGGGCUCAGAAAAGGAGUUUGGCCAUGAAAUCCAAGAUACCAAGGUUUAUGGGUAAUACAACUUAAAAUGGAUGCAUUUGCUAAAAAAAAAAAUUAAUGAAUGCCCAGUAUGUACAAGACACUGCACUAAAGAGUUAUUAAAGAUGAAAUAAAAAAUUAAAAACCAACAGUCUCAUUAUGGGAAAACAAGAUGUAUGUACUAGUGGAAAGGGCAUUCGAUUUAUUUUCUGCCUGUGGGUUACUUCUCAGCCUUAGUUUCCUCAUAUAAAAUGAAGAAGUUGAAUGUCACUAUAAGUUCUUCCAGAAGAGGGAAAACAUUUUAUGAAUAAUGCCGAUAAAUCUCACCUGUGGGGAAAUAAACAAGCAGCAACAAAUUGUUAAAUGACAGAUGAGCAGUACAAACUGAGUUUUCAGACUUAAUUGUCAUGCCUUUAGCUAGCAGAGAUCAUUGCGGGGAAAGGGAGAGUGAGUGUGGGGAGGGACAUGAGCACCAGUGAACCUGCCAUUAGGAGAAUAAAUAAGACAAAGUGAGAUCCUUGGAAGUCCACACCAACAGCAACAAGAUAGUUGGAGAGUACACAUUAGCAAGGAAGGUAAACUUGUGUAUAAAGAUUGUUUCAUUCAUCCCUAGUGUUUAGUCAGUAGUAAUAGCUUAAUACUUGAUUAAUAGUUUUUUACAUUGUACAAUGGAGCUGUAAAAAUGGGCUUCUCCCUUUUCAUUCAAUUAAGGGAAUUGCAAGAAAAGGGAGAGUUUAAAAUAAAGCUGCAGGGAUAACCCUAGCCAAUUACAGAUUUUUAGCCUUAUGGAAUGUAUCUUUUUUUUUUUUUUUCUUUCUAAACAUUUAUCCAUUAGUAUGUGAUAGAAUCAUAGAUUGGGAGCUGGAAUGUACCUUUGAAAUCAACUAGUCCAUUGGACUCCUAAAAGAGGUGAGAAAACUGAGACCCAGAGAAAUUGAAUAAUUUGCCCAAGGUGUCAGAUAAUAAAGUAGUAAAGAUCAAAAAAGAUGAGACUAAGGCUUGUAUAGAAAUACUGAUGAAGACUUAGCUGAAGGACAAAUUUCUGGUGAGAGCCUCUAUCUGGUGAUCAUGCCUAUGAGUAAAGGGUAUUGGGAAACAAUUAGCAUUUUUCUUAAAGGAAUUCAGUUUUCCUUUUAAUCUCCAUUAUACAAUGAAAUGUCUUCUUCAAUGGAAAAUGUAAUCUUUAAAAUGCUAAAAUGGGACAAGUUUUAAAAAAUGUUUUCAAGGAAAACGAACAAAAACUAAUAUUCAAAGUAAUAAUAAUAAUACUGCACUGAUACUAAUAUGGUAUUUUUAUGAAGUUAAUUUCAUCAGUGUGAGUGCUUUCAGCUAUACAGCUCAAAACCCAACUACGCCUACAUAUCUUGUGUGACUUAAAUACAAAAGAGGACAUAUCUACUAUAAAAAAUAAA